AUGUUCAGGCAAAACAACGAUAUCCGUUCUUCCUCCUCGAAAGGUCAGUUUUGGGGUUUCGAAACUAUAGGGCUCAAGUUAGAGGUUGAAGAUCAUAAAUCGAAGGUUGAAGACACAGCCAAGUCAAUGUCAGUCAAACGUGCAUGGCCUUCUCCUAUGGGAACAUCAGGGAAAGACAUUGCAAUGUUGUUCAUUGAAGAUGCUUUAUCAAAUCUUGAUGCACAACAGGAAUAUACAACAAACAGAGAUGAUGAAUUAGAGAUUGCUUCUUUACAAAAAGAUGGAGGGUUAUCUUUUUCACGAGUUAAAAUAAAGGGAAUGGUGGGAAGUUAUCCUUUUGAAAACCUGAGAUCAGCUAUUGACAUUUUGUUUCUUUAUGGAAGUUCAGAUUUGGUUGUAGCAAAACAAGCAAUUCUCUUAUAUUAUGUGUUUGAUCGACUUUGGAAAAUAGCUGAUGACAAAUGGAGAUACUGUGUAGAUGACUUUUCUUCUACAUUUAACAUAGCAAGACACUCAAUAUUGGAAUCAUUUACUUUCUAUCUCCUUGAUGACCACAGUGAUGAAUCCCUACAGAUUUGUUCUCCAAAUGCCACCCUUAUCUCUCCCACCUCCAGUCGCCGCCACCAUCACCUUGACGUUGUCGUGGACCACCGAGCGACCACCAUCGUCGACCUUCUCCCACCCCCCCCCCACCCCCGCACGACGAAAGAGAUUAAGAAUGAUGAGGAAUGGAGGGCAGCCUUCGAGUGUUGUUGCUUCGUCGUCCACCAUUCGCAGCCGACGCCGCCAACUACUUUGCUGCCUUCAUGGGCCGCCAAGCUAACACCGUCGUUGCUCCCGCUGCCGACGACGACGAGGAGAACUGCGAACUGA